AUGGCAGUAUCGGGUAGAAAGGGUGCCGAUUUUCAAAGUUCCAUAUCCAAAGGCUCAGCAGAGGACUUUGAUCAUAGAUGUGAACCAUGUCUGGCGAUUGGUCAGCAAAUAGAAUCUCAUGGAUUUUGUGUGGAUUGUCAAGAACACUUGUGUAAGAGCUGUUUUGCUUAUCAUCAAAGGUUAAAGGCGAACAAACAUCACCACCUGGUAAACAAAGAUAAUAUGGAUAAACAUGCUGUUAGCAAGGAGUCAGACGAAUGCACUGAGAAGUGUCAAGUGCACAAAAAGGAAGUGAUUAAAUUUUUCUGUCCAAAACAUGAAGCUCUCGGCUGCAACGAUUGUAUCGUCCUGAAUCACAGAGCAUGUGACAUUGACUAUAUACCUGAAAAAUGUGCAGGUAUUGGGGACAGUGCAGAAUUCAGAGAGUUACUAAGGGAACUUGAUCAAAAGAUAAAUGGAGCUGAUAAUAUUAUAAAGCAGGCUUCAAAUAGAGAAAAAGAAUUAGAUUAUUGCUGCGAUAAGCUACUCAAAGAAAUUACAAUGUUUCGGAAAGAGAUAAAUGAUCGCUUAGAUCAACUACAAAAGCAAAUCCAGAUAGAUGCUGACAAAAAGAAGUCCACAGAUAAACAAACAGUAAACAAGGUGCUUGAACAAUGUACAAACAUUUCUUCAGAUAUCAAACAACUACAGUCAAGACUACAAGAUUACAAAACCUCACAGCAGAAUGGACAACUUUACAUUACAAUGAAACAAGCUAAAUCCAAACUAAAGUCAGAGGAAAUUAAAGAGGCAGACAGAAGUUUAGAAAUGACAAACAUGCAAUACACAUUUGAGCAAAACCAAGACCUGGAAAACAUUCUUUCAAGACAAGAUGCAUUUGGAAAGCUCAAAGAGACAACACUUUCUUUAAAACCAUGGGACAUAGCAGUAAUGCCUCAGGACAAAAUUGCUGUGACAAUGUCAGACAAGAAAGAGAUCCUUAUAAUGACAACAGCAGGUAAACUCUCAACUGUUCGCAAGUUUCCAGUUGCAGGAGACUGUAGAGGUAUAGCCUAUCAUCGAGGUCAUCUCUAUACAGUUUGCAUAAAUCCGAAGUGUGUAUUUAUUACCGAUACACAAGGUAAAGUCCAGAACACAAUUUUACUGGAUAAUAAGAGAUUUGACCAUCCAAGCUACUUACUGCUGAGUAAGGAUCUGAGACAUAUCUGCAUCAAUAACUGGUAUGGCCACAGUGUCUUCAGUAUAACAUUGCAAGGUGAUAUAUCUGCUGAGUACAAAAACAAAAACUUUGACUGUCCAUUGGGAAUGAUGAUGCUAGACCAUGGAUCCUUGCUGGUGUGUUGCGUUGGCGGCAUACAUCGUAUCUCGGCUGAUUAG